GCCUCAAAACCAGCCAUUUGCACAACUCAAGCAUAUCUUUGUUUCUGUGCAUAUAAAUAGGGGUCUUUAGUGGCAACAUUAUUGUUCCUUAGCUCUUACCAAAGCCUUAUUAUUUACACACUUUUUUUAAUAUGCCUGGAUAUAUAUGAGGCCAUAUAGCAAAAAGUUGGUACCAAAACCAACAUAUUAGAAGAGAGAGCACUUCAUUUUAGCUAGCUAGAGAAAAAAAAACAAAGUGAUAGUGAGAAGAUGUUAGCUAUGGAGGGUAAUAAGAAGACUAAGCAAUAUGGUCUUGACUCUGCCACUUCUUGGUUUGGAAGUUGCAUUUCUUCAUGUUCAUCAUCAGAAAAAGUGUCAACUCACAGAAAGCUUCCUAGAACUGCUUCCGAAUCAUCAGUUACCAACCCCAUGAAGAAGCGUGGAGGAUGGAAGGCCAUAAUCUUUAUUUUAGGGAAUGAAACCUUCGAGAGGUUGGCAGUGUUUGGGUUAUUUGCCAACUUCAUGGUGUAUUUGACAAGAGAAUUUCACUUGGACCAAGUUUAUGCUUCUAACAUUAUCAGUUUAUGGUUUGGGAUCUCAAACUUUACCCCUCUUCUUGGUGCCUUUAUUUCUGAUGCCUAUGUUGGUCGCUUCCGAACCAUAGCUUUUGCAUCCUUUGGUACCCUUUCGGGUUUGAUCGUGGUGAGUUUAACAUCGUGGUUACCAGAAUUGCACCCUCCAUCUUGUACUCCUCAGCAACUAGCAUCUCGUCAAUGCGUAAGAGCAAGCAGUUCUCAAAUAGGUGUGCUUCUUAUGGGACUUUGCUUCUUAACCAUCGGAUCUGCUGGGGUAAGGCCAUGCAGCAUACCAUUUGGUGUUGACCAAUUUGAUCCAACCACAGAUGAAGGAAGAAAAGGGAUCAAUAGCUACUUUAAUUGGUACUACACCACUUUCACAAUGGUAUUGUUGGUCACUCAAACAGUGGUGGUCUAUAUCCAAGACUCUGUGAGCUGGAGGAUAGGGUUUGGGAUACCAACUGUGUGCAUGCUAUGCUCCAUAAUAAUGUUCUUUGUGGGCACAAGGGUCUACGUGCAUGUAAAGCCUGAAGGAAGCAUUUUUUCUGGUAUUGCUCAAGUUUUAGUGACUGCAUAUAAAAAGAGAAAACUCAACCUUCCAAUGAGUGAGGAGAAGCCAGAUGGAGUUUUUUAUGAUCCCCCACUAAUUGGGAUCACAGUUGUGUCAAAGCUGCCUUUAACCAAAGAAUUCAGGGCCUUGAAUAAAGCUGCAUUAAUAAUGGAGGGUGAGCUAAACCCAGAUGGGACCAGAGUAAAUCAAUGGAGACUUGUCAGCAUCCAACAAGUAGAAGAGGUUAAAUGCUUAGCAAGAAUUAUCCCAAUUUGGGCAGCAGGGAUUCUUAGUCUCAUUUCCAUGACUCAACAAGGAACAUUUACUGUGUCACAAGCAAUGAAAAUGAAUAGACACCUUGGAGCCAAAUUCCAAAUCCCAGCUGGUUCUGUUAGUGUCAUAUCACUAAUCACCAUAGCUUUAUGGCUUCCAUUCUAUGACCGAAUCCUAGUGCCAAAACUCAGAAAAAUGACUAAGCAUGAAGGUGGUAUCACUCUCCUCCUAAGAAUUGGAAUUGGCAUGGUGUUCUCUAUUCUAUCUAUGGUUGUUGCUGGCUACGUUGAAAAAGUGAGAAGGGAUUCAGCAAAUUCAAAUCCAACUCCACUAGGAAUUGCUCCAAUGUCAGUGUUGUGGCUAGCCCCACACUUGAUCCUUAUGGGUCUAUGUGAGGCCUUCAAUAUUAUAGGACAAAUUGAGUUCUUCAACAGGCAAUUUCCUGAGCAUAUGAGAAGCAUUGGUAAUUCCUUCUUCUCGUGUUCUUUUGGUGUGUCUAGCUAUGUGAGUAGCAUAAUAGUCAACAUAGUUCAUCAUUCUACAAGAACACAUAGCCAUCCGGAUUGGUUAACAGAUGAUAUAAAUGCUGGGAGGCUAGACUACUUUUACUACCUAAUAGCUGGGUUAACUUCCCUCAACCUAGUUUUUUUUAUAUAUGUUGCAAGAAGAUAUCAGUACAAGGGAAAUGUGGACCUCCUUGAUGAAACUCAUCAGGUAGAGCUUGGAUCUCACAAAGCCUAAAUUUAAAGAGAUUUAUAUAAAGAUUAUGUUGCUAUAUAUGUACGAAGACUUUAUAGACAAAUGAAAGUGUUUUUUUUUUUUCAAUUUAUA